UGUUUUUCAAACACGUGUUCUAUUUUUAGUAUGGAUUUGAAGCUGGUUCUCCUGCUGACCGUGUGCGUGUGUGCGGUACCAGAAGUGAAGGGCUGGAGAUACACGUCGUAUUAUACCUUAGUGGCACGUUACAAUUACCUGUACAGUGAACUACACAAACUGAAACAUAUCAUUGCUUCUCUUACCAAAGGGACAAAAGGUGAACCAGGCCCUUCAGGUCCAAAGGGAUCUGAUGGCGUAAAUGGCGAUAAGGGUGAUACUGGAGCCACUGGAGCACAAGGCGCCAAAGGAGACCAAGGAAUAAAAGGCGAUAAAGGUGAAAUAGGCGCAGUUGGAGCCGCUGGAUCCAUUGGAGCUACAGGAGCCCAAGGCGUACAAGGCGCUAAGGGAGAGGUUGGAUCGAAAGGUGACAUCGGCGCAACUGGAACAACUGGUGCUAAGGGCGAACCAGGCGUCGGUCAGAAAGGAGACACUGGCGCCGCCGGAGCUAAAGGUAACCAGGGCGCCGCCGGCGCAGCAGGAGCUGCGGGUGCUAAAGGAGACAAGGGCGAAGUAGGCGCACAUGGAGCACAGGGAGUACAAGGAGUGCAAGGUAUUCAGGGCGUCCACGGAGAGAAGGGGGAGAAGGGGCAGAAAGGAGAACCUUAAAUAUUCUCACUUCCUGUUGCAUGUCACGUGUUUCCGUUAUUUCGCCAUGUCACAUCAAUAUACAUCAAACUAAAAUUAGUAGGAGACA